UACCACCACCACCACCACCACCACCACCAUCUGACGGCACGAUGAGCCUCACCGCGGCCACGCCGCCCCACCCGGCCAUCGUCUUCCAGACGGCCGUCGAUCCGGCGGACACGCUGCGGCUGCAGGCGACGCUCACCUGCCUGCGCGACCGGUGCCUGCUGAACAUCGGCCCCCGGGGGUCGACCGGCGGAGCCCCGCCGCAGGUGGUCCUGCUGGUGUCGCGCACCGGCGACGCCGGGGCCGGCGCCUCUCGGCACCGUGGCCCGCUCGAUGCCGUCCGGCCGGCCGGCGCGGACGCCCAGCAGGACGACCCCAUGGCGGCCUCCGGCACGUACGAUGUGCUGCUGCUUCUCGGGCGCCGGGGGCACCCGGGGUUCCUGGGGCCCGGGGCGGGCCGCGACCAGGCCGCCACCCUGACCAUGACGUACGAUGAGCUGACUCAGCUGGUGGCCCGGCAGGCCGCGCAGUAUGUGGCCGACAGCCUGGCGGCCCGGCACUCGGCCGUCUCGCCGCCGGCCCUGUCCCGCCUGCUGGUCAGCCUCAACCUGGGGGACAUCCUGAGCCAGUAUGACCCGCAGCCGGGCGACUCCGAGGAGAGGGUCACCUCGCUGGAGAUGGCGGCCGUGUCGUCUGUCAUCGACUCGGUGCGCCGGUCGCUCGAGUCCCUGGCCGUGGUCUAGGGCGGCCGGGCGUGCGCACUCCUGUAUAUGUAAGGCGCCGGAAUACAGCAACUCUCUGACAAGGGAAGGGCCAUGGA